AAUCACUCCCCGAGACGACUCGUUCUUCCCGAGUCACAUUAAAGAUUCGUUCAAAAUGAACGAAUCGUUCAAGAACGACCCAUCACUAGCCCACAGUUACUGGUCGGGCUCUGUGCUUCUGUUUUCCCCGAUCAGCGCGGGGCUCCUUUCCGUCUCCUCACCGGGCGAAGCGUCGUCUCCUGUCCCAGACUAUGGAGCUUUCAGCGGCGGGGGACCGCGUGUUUGCCGCCGAGGCCAUUCUGAAGCGGCGCGUCCGCAAGGGACGCAUGGAGUACUUGGUGAAAUGGAAAGGCUGGGCUAUAAAGUACAGCACUUGGGAGCCAGAGGAGAACAUCCUCGAUGACCGCCUCGUAGCAGCUUUUGAACAAAAAGAGAGAGAACAAGAACUUUAUGGACCAAAAAAGAGAGGACCCAAGCCUAAAACACUCCUUUUGAAGUCACGAGCACAGGCUGCUGAGAGCUCCCCCAGAGUCCUUGAGUUUAAACCUAGUCGGCCCCAGCCGUCCUCCAAACCUCCGCCUCCACCUACAUCUGCACCUGCAUCCUCGUACCAUCCCAGUGGCCCUUCGAAUGCUAAGCUGCAGUCUGGAGCUGCGCAGCCCAAAUUGAAGAAAGACAUCCACCGAUGUCAUCGGAUGGCGCGACGGCCUUUGCCCCGCCCCGACCCUUUAGCUCCACCAAUCGGAUCUUCUGGUCCCUUCUCGUCCCGUCCUACAGUCAGCCCCUUCUGUGAGACAGUCCGUAUCCUUAACCGGAAGGUCAAACCUCGUGAGGUGAAGAAGGGACGGGUGAUCUUGAAUCUAAAAGUGAUGGACAAGACUGGGCCAGCCAAUAACAAAAGGACUCAAAAUUCCAGCCAUCAGUCUCAUUUAGGGCGCCAGAAAGUUCCCUCUCGGAACAGAGUGAUCGGGAAGAGCAGGAGGUUUGGAGAUGUAUCUUUUAGAUGCCUGCAGCAACCCAUGAGUGGCGCUGGGUUUUCAGUUUUUAGAAAGCCGAUUGAGGCUUAUACAAUGGACCCUUCUGAGGAAAAGCCGAAGCCUGAACAAAGUGGUCACAAAACAGGCACAAAUCCAUCGCCAUCUCCCUCUCAAAGUUCAAAAGUCAAGACCUCAGCUGUGCCUGAAGCACUUGUCGAGCCACCGCGAUCUGCAUCGAGCUCAGAUGUCUCAGAUGGUGAACCUCAUCCCCCGUCUUCACCACAGUUCCAUCCCAAUCAAUUACCCCAAUCAGGUGAGGCCAACUCUCAAAUUUCACAUUCUGUCAAAUCCACUUCUCAGCUAACAGACUCAAAAACCAAAUUGACUCAGUCAGCCAUGCCUUCCUCCCCCAUGUUCUCUUCCUCCUCCUCUUCGUCAUCAUUAUCGUCCUCGUCUGAAGACAACGAGCACAUCCUGGAUCUCUCCGUGCCUCAUGGAACCGACAGGCGAGCCAGACAGCGCCAACACUUUCGUGGCCGCCGGCAGCCCAAAGUUCCUGAAAUUCCUAUAUCCGAAGAGGCCUCAGAGGAAGACCAGGAUCUAGACUGGCAUCCAGAGAUGGCUGCACAGUGUGCCAACGUGGUCAUUACAGACGUUACAACCAACCUCCUUACUGUCACUAUUAAAGAGUUUUGCCAUCCUCCAGGACUACCGGCAGUGGCCUCUUCUACCUGCUGUGCCAGUAAUUUAUCUUCUUCAAAAAAGACAACCGCCACCCUGAAGUUCAUUGUUGUGAUCCUGGCCGCCGGGAUGGUGGCAUUUGUCGGAGCUGUGAUCUGCAUCAUCGCCGCGGUGCACGGCGGCUCUCCUUCUCCCGCAGCCGCAGCCUCGACCGCCGCACAGCCGCUCGCCGAUAAUCAGUCCCUGACUGCGGGUUCGAGUGUCCUCACCUUUCCGUCAGGCUCCGUGGCCCGGGCAGGACCGAUGGACGCGCUCCAUGGCAGCGGAGAGAGAAACAGCCCGGAGUCUCCAACCUUCUACGGGAUCACCGGCGUGAGAAGUGGAGGUGAUGGCGGGGAGCAGCAGGUGGUCAGAGUCAGCAGGCUGAUCUGUACUCCGGUUCCGGCUGGAGAGUGCAGACCGAAAGGCUUCCAGGCGGAUGAUCAGGCUGUGUAUGCGGGGGAUCAGUGGGGGGAUCUGCGCGCCACAGCAGAGGAGCUCCGGCGCACCGUGGAGCAGCAGGAGGAGGAGAUCCGCGCCGAGCAGCGCACUAUCCGCGAGCUCACCGGCAAACUCUCCGUCUGUGAAAGCGGCACGCGCAGGAGCGAGGGCUCAUGGGCCGGGAGGAGGCACAGCAGAGCCGGACUCAUGAUGCAGGACGAUGCAGGACCUCCUGCACUCACCGUCCGGGAGCUGGAGAGAGCCAUCAUGCACAUGAAGGAGCGCAUCGAGAAACUGGAGGCAGAAAUGGCUCCACUGGCUCACAACCACACAGAGUCGGGGCAGAAGGGCAAAGGCAGUGUCUCAAGCGCAGUCACGGUCCAGGGAGCCGCAGCACAGAGGAGAGUCGAGAAUCUGGAGCGAGAGCUGAAGCGGAAGAUGCAAGUGCUGGAAGAAGAGAGGAAAGCACUUCGCAAGGAAACCCAGAAACAUCAGCAGCACAUUGACCACGGGCUGGACGCUGUCCACCAACGAAUCAGCAGCCUUGAGCAAGGUCUGUCUGAGAACAGGUUCCCGGAGGGUUACAGGCUCUCUUUUCCUCUGAGGAGCAGCUCUAUGUAUGCUGUGGUGAAGCGAGCAAUCCCUACACUCCACGCCCUCACUGUCUGCAUGUGGCUCAGACCUGUGCAGAGCAUCCUGGGAACUGCAGUUUCUUACGCCGUGUCAGAGGACCCACAUGAGCUGGUGCUGCAGCAGUUAGUCCACGGCCCCGUCGAGCUCGUCAUCAAAAAUGAGGUGGCGCAGUUCUAUCUGAACCUCACGGCGGGUUCCUGGCAGCAUGUGUGUGUCAGUUGGAACAGGAGAGGAGGAGUGUGGCACGCCUACGUGGGAGGCAAGCUGAAAGGUGAGGGGAAGGACCUGGCAAUCCGCCACUACAUCCGUCCCGGAGGAACGCUCGUCCUGGGCCAGGAACAGGGUUCAAUGGGUGGACUUCGUUUCGAGGCAUCACGGGCUCUCUUAGGUGACCUCUCUCAGUUUAAUAUGUGGGACCGGCCGCUGACUCGUGCAGAGCUUUCUGCAUUAGCUCACUGCAGCACAGGCAUGCUGGGUAAUGUAGUCCCUUGGACCAGCCGCGAAGUGGAAGUGUUCGGAGGGGUCACCAAGCAGCCGGCUGAGCACUGUAGUCAUCACACUAGCGUGCAGCAGUGAGGGGUCACAUCAGGAGGUCAUGCGAGGAGAGGAUGGGGUGGUGGGUGUCUGAGACAAGGUCAGGUGAAACGAGACUGGAAAUGCUUGUGUGGAAUGUCUGUUUGAACCAAUUACUUAAACUCCGAAUAUAAGAAACUAGGGAGUUAUUAUUUAUUUUUACCAGAAAGAUUUUUUGUUAUGUUUUGGGAAAGAGAAAGGAUUUAGAAAGUUGGAACUUGUAAGACAAACAUUCCAUGUUCAUUUCUUUGUACUUUGAUUUAAGACUUAAGACUUUAUUAUCAUUCAGGCAUUACAUCAGUUUGUUUAUUUCUUGCACUUUAUAUUUUUGUUAUUCUUCAUGUUGAAGAUACAGAUAUUACAUAAUGAAUAUCCUCAGCUCACUUGAACAGAACCUGAUUGCAAUGCCUCCAGAAAGGGAAAAUCUGGAGGUAUUUAAAAUUAAAAAGUAAAAAUGCAAUGCAAUGUAUACAUUUCUGAAAACAGAAAUGAGCUGAAUUAAUGUUAAAAUGAUGGUGUCAUAUUAUAUGAUUAGAUUUUUUUAACAUAAUGACAAACAAUUAUCUCCUUUAAACUCCUGGCAAAAUCAGUUAUUUAUGUAAAAAAAAAAAGCAACUCCAGCAGCCUGUUUUGUUGUUCUCACACCUCCAUGUUCAAACCCCACCAGCUCCUGCAUGACGUAAUCACUAGGCAGGGGGCUCUCGCAGAAAGACAUUCUAUAAACUAUACCUGCCAGUAGAAGCUAUACAGAGAUUUUGGUCAUUUUUGCAGCUCAAAUAAUUAAAUCAGGCCUCAAAAAAAGUCAGUUAAUUCCCAGGAGCUGAUCACGACUUUAUAACAAACAUUGUGUUUUUGUCCUUGAAAAAACAUUUACAUUUACAAGGUCUGAUUUUCAGUGAUCUUUCACAAGUGUAGGGUAGAUGAGCAUGUUUGUGUCUGACAGAACAGCACAAAGCCGUGUAGAAUGAAUAAGCCAGCAUGGGAAUGAAUAAGCCUCAUUCCACUCAUUCCCAGGAUCAGUUGACAUUACAGUCAGUGACUCACGUCUAAGGCCAGCUUUAUGUUUUGAUAAAAUACGCUAUUAUUGGAACAGUACUUUUGUUUAAAAUCGUAAAUUAUUAAACUAAGAUAUAAUACAGCUUAAUGUCCAGUUUUUCAUGAAAUUCUCUGGAGUUGCUCUUUAAAGCCGAUUAUUAAUAGCUAAUAUUAUUAAAUACAGUGAAGCUAAUAGGAAAGUUAUGUAGUUACACAAUAGAGGAAAAUAAGUCUGGACCCAGUUAUGGAAUUAUUACAUUUUAUUUCGAUAGAAAUCUUGGCUCAAACUGUUUUCCUACCUGACCUUCCAUACGGUCCAUAAAACAUUGCAUAAUCCAUGAUGCAGUGCAUUUCAUGAAGCCAUUAUUGUUCAUAUCUGUAUGUUUAAAUUUUGAUAACUGUGAUUAAAUCCACAUUCAUAUGAAAUGAGAUCCCAUCGGACGUGUACUAUGUAAUAUACUGUGUAUCAUGUAUAUAUGUAUAUUUGAUCAGAGUGUUCUAUCAGAGUAUGUUAUUAUUCUCUGAGUACAGAGACGAGGUGAGGUGGAAAGGUUCUGUUGAUAUGUCCAUACUGAAACUGAGCACGGAGCACAAACGCCAACAAACAGUGGGCUUGCACAUGUUACUAUUGCAGAUAAAGCUGAGAAGAUAUUAAUAUUGUUUUGCACAUUUUCAUGAGUGAUAUUUGAAAACGGCAGCAGCAUGCAGUAGCACAAGGAUGAAAAUUUGACAGCUGAACUGAAAAGAACUAUUGAUCUAUCAUUUAUAUUCAUUGUUUAUCUUCUUUAGAGUUCAUUAAUGUCCAGUUGUUUGUUAACGUUAACGUGGUGCCUGUUAUUUGUUUAAAGUUUGAACUUACGUGGUCACUGUGAUGUCAUGUACUUGGUGUAUACAUAAAAAUAGCUCAUUUUAAAAAAAUGUUGUUUGUGUUGGAGGUUUUUUGCUCU